AUGGAAAUGUCUACGACUAGAACCCGCUUCAAGGACUACUACAAUAGCGCCACUAGAUCCCUCUCGCUCCUCCGCGAACCCAAGCGACCUGACCCUCCGCUCGAACGUACCACUAUCCUCCGACUGAGGGAAGAAGCGGAGCAAACCAGCAAAACAAUCGACAAGCUCAAGACCCAGCUAACGCACCUUGAAGACCGGCUGGAAAGGAUCAUAGAUGACCUAUCCAGCAUUGUUUACCCGGUAAAUACGCUACCCACCGAAAUUCUGUGCCGUAUCUUCGCAGCAGCUGUGUCUUUGUCGCCUCACUUUGCAGCGAACCGCGCACUCAUACGGAUUACUGCGGUUUGCCGACAUUGGCGCGCUAUCGCUAUCGCCGACCCGCGCUUGUGGACACAGGUCUGCUACUUAAUUCACGGCACAAGACGUGAUUUACUUGCCGAAAACUUCCUUGCACGCAUACAAAAACUACCAAUUAAAUUUUCGACAACCAUGCGAGCGGACGACGACGACGACGCUGCCGAGGAUACGGGAUAUAUUCUCCCUCAUUUUGUCUUUCAAUCUGCUGCCCAAUGGGAAGAAGCGUCUUUGACUGGCGACUACUGGCCCGCUAACCGGGACAAUGAGGGGAACUCUUACCCAAAGGUUGACCUUCCACAAGUGACGAAGCUUACUCUGGACAUCUUGGAACCCUCCCAUCCCCCAGAAUAUAUGAUCAUCAAUGCGCCGCGUCUCCACGAGCUUUCUAUCCGCGUCCCGACCGGCUUGCUUCAGCGCUUGUCAUUUCCUACACAUCAGCUGCGGAAACUGACUAUUCUCCUACCGGCAAGAUUCAACGAUAUUAUUCUUAUACUUAGCCAGCUUGUGGCAUUGGAAGAGCUCUCACUCGCCUCGCCGCUGGAAGACAACCCCUCCGCUCCUUCUGGGCGUCCCUUCCAGGUGCCCCAGCUGUCAACACUGUCAUUCGGCGGUGCCGAAAAUGCUUUCAUCCUCAACCAUAUUGACUUGCCUUCCUUGACUACGUUGCGGCUGUCCCAAUUCGACGAACACGAUGUAGCAUUCUUCAUCUGUCCCUGCAUCGUCCGCUCCUCAGCAAAUAUCACUUCUCUGUCCGUAGCCCCGACCACAUAUGACGCAUUCGGCGCCUUCCUCAUGGCCACGGAGCUCAAUUCACUCAAAAACCUCACUGUGACUCUGUUCGCGAUGACCCGCGACGAGGAGAGGCGGUGUGCCGUCGCACUCUCCCUUCCCCUCUGUUUUCCCAACCUCGAGUCACUCACCCUGCUCGUCACCAAUAACGCGGACAUACCAAUGUUCCCGCAUUUCGAUCAGGAGUCCACGCCACGCCCCACCAGCAUCCGCCCGUUCCUUGAUGGCGUUGCGAUGAGAGUGUCGAACGCGAUCUCCAACGAUGUUCACAUGAAGCUGGCACGCUUUGCCGUCGACUUCAGCAGCCCGUUUGGGAUUACCACCGAGGACAUGCACAAUUUGGUCUACCUGCAACAGAGUAUGAGCAUCACGGUCUCGAUGCCAAAUGGUCGUCCACUGGCAGUGCGGAAGCUUUGGGAGUGUGGAAUUUCAGCGAGAUCUUGA